CCUGGAAGUUUGAUUGGGCUGUCCACUGCCAGUAUCUAAGCGUGGCAUUGUGAUUGGCCGGUCGCCCAGAGGGCAGGCGGUGUAAGACAGGUUGCUUUGGGACAGGAGACGGAGAGGUGGGUUGUAUGUUUUGAACAGUGUUUGCAAUAUUGUCAGAAAUCAUAUUUUCUGUUUAUGUCUUUUACCGAAACGAUAGUUAGUUUAUUGUUACUUCAGAGUUUGUAUAGGAAAGUGAACGGAUGAUGCCAGCUCUUCAGGAACACGAUAGAAACACACAAAAAUAAAAAGAAAAAGAAAACAGAUGCCAAAGAAUACUCAAGAAAAGGGUGAAGAGUUUUACCGAUGGACCAGGUCCAUAUUAAAGAGGAGGAGAAAGGAGAGACAGACCCAGAGAGCAUGGCAGAGGAAGUGGAGUCUGUCUCUGUUAAAAAGGAGGAGGAGGAGAAUAUGGGGUCUAUCCACAUUAAAGAGGACAGGCCAGUAAAGUGGGACAACAUUGCAGAGGAUGUCAGUGAGCUGGGGCUAGUCCACGUGAUCGAGGAACCGGAGCCGGUCCACAUUAAAGAGGAGCCCGUGGAGCUGGACCAACCUAUGGCCCCCGAACGGCAGGCCGCCCUGGACAGGGGCCCUCAUAGCUGCCCAGAGUGUGGGCAGCGCUUCUCCCUGCUCUCUGCGUUGCAGAAACACACGCGCUAUCACACAGGCGAGGCACCGCAUCUCUGCACUGAGUGUGGCAAGAGUUUCAAGAGAGACAGCCAGCUGAAAUCUCACCACCGCAUCCACAGCACAGACACUCCCUACACCUGCACAGAGUGUGGCAAGGGCUUCAAGAGAGACUGGCACCUCAAAUCACACCAGGUGAUCCACACCGCUGAGACUCUGUAUUGCUGCCCGGACUGUGGGAAGAGCUGCCGUCGGCUGGGAGACUUGCGCAUCCACCGACGCAUUCACACUGGGGAGACUCCAUACAGCUGCGGGGAGUGUGGACGGAGCUUCAACCAGCUGGGCAGCCUCAAGUCGCACCAGAGGAUCCACAGCGGGGAGACUCCCUUCCACUGUGCGCAAUGCGACAAGAGCUUCCGGCACCUGAGCAGCCUGAUCAAGCACCAGCGCAUCCACACGGGCGAGCUGCCCUACCCCUGCAACGACUGCGGAAAGAGGUUCCGCUGCUCCGACAACCUAAAGUACCACCAGCGGUGCCACCAGAGAGAGGGGGAUUCGCCGUAACGGAUCAGACAACCUGAAAUACCACCAGGGGUGGUGGUGGGGGGGUGAAUAUAAAAGAUCAGAUAUCAAAUAUCACCAGAGACAUAGGGAGUGACUAUAACAGUGGGGGGGGGGGGGAAUAUAACAGAUCAGACAACGUGAAUUAUACAAUGGUAAGGAUUGCCAUGCUAUUCAUUUCAGUGGGUUUUGUUACAUCAGAGCCGUGGUGAUAUCUCCAGACAUCCCCACGGUUUGGAACUACGGCCUUAUCACAGGUAAACAAACAUAUCACUACUCCACUUACCUAAUGGCAGUUCUGUCUGUUUUCGUAUACAUUUUUCUUUCACUAUGUCUGAUUAAAUGGUUGUUGAUUUUGACUUUCAGAGAUUGUUUAUUAAUUCACUUUCUCAUCGCAUCAAUUUAAAAGAAUUGCCACCAAAUGCUACAGCCCUCUACUGCCACCCACUCCUCGUACCUCAGACUCUCCUUGAUGAACAAGAAGCACAUAUCCAAAGAAGCAGGGCUUACCAUAAUUUACUCGAAGCAUAGCCGUGCACUUGCUCUCCAGUGCUCGACUCAAAGAAUGGUAACUAAAGACAGUAACGGGACAUUACUGUUGCGCCAUAUAGAGGCCAAAUAAGCUACUUUCAAGGUUGUGUUUUCAAUGGAAAUGCAAUAAUACAACAUUAAAAGAUGCUAUGAAGCAAACCAUGGCAAGAAAUAUGGUAAAUAUACAGGAAAGUUUAAUGUGAAGAUAAUCUGAAUUAGCACAGUCAUUGAAAAAGCGGCAAUCGAUGUUUACUAAUGCUUGUAGCAUAAGUGAUGCUGUUAAGGCAAGCUUUGUGAUUACUCACAAAAUAAGUAUUUCUUCUAAACCAUUUUCUGAUGGAGAGAUUUUGAAGAAAUGCUGCUAAAAGCUGCUGAAAUAGUGUGUCCUGCGAAGUGGCAGGCUUUCUCCGUCAUGAUCAUCAACAAAUCAAAAUGUAAUUCUCGACUUAACUUGAUUUUCAAGCUAUCCUCAGCCCAGCCAUUUGCUCCAGAUGUUGAUGCCCUGGUUCAAGCAAAGAGGUUCCAGGUAUGAGGAGCAGCAGUAGCAGUCACUAAUAUUCUUUGUCUUUAUCUUUUGGUGAGUGCUAAUAAAUAAUUGGUCCAUACCUAUUUAUAUUUUGCUAUUUAUUUAUUCUGGGAAGAACAUUUAUUUAUUAAUUCUGGGAAGAACAUGGUAGUUUUAUGUUGGCAUAUUCGUUCAAGAUUUAGAUAGUCAUUUUGGAUAUUUGUUUUUAAAACGUUAAAGCCAUUAUAUGUAAAACUGUAUUAAAGUUGAAAAAUAUCCCAGAAGAA